AUGGCUUGCUGCCGUGCCAACUGGGACGAGGCCACAACGAAAACUUUGCUAGACCUAUGCAUUGCUGAGAAGAACCAAUUCAAUUGGAGCAACAGGUGCCUAACUAAGUUGGGAUGGCAGCACGUAUACCGCAACUUCAAACAACAGACUGGUCUGAAUUUGGGCAGCAAGCAGCUGCAGAACAAGCUGAACGCCAUGCGGAGAGCAUUCCAGAGCUGGAAGGACUUGCAAGCCCAAUCUGGUUUAAGCCGUGACAAAGAAAUUGGUGGCGUUGCUGCUGAUUCCUGCUUUUGGGAUGACGAUGAAGGGGAAACCAGUGCUGGUGCUGCCCAAACGAGUUCUGCUAAGCCACCCCCAUCCCUCGACGAAUUAUACAUGUUGUACGGCCGUGACACCCAAGAUAGGGGCACCUUGCUGAUGGUAGGAGGUAUUCGUGAGGCGACACCUAGCGUGAGGACUGAGGCCAAUGCACAUGACUUCUACCUGGACCCCAUGGCUGCUAGUAGUGCUCGUAACUUAUCCAAAAGGCCAACCCGGGAAAUCUCUGUUGACAGUCCUCCGAAAAGAAAAGUGGCAGCUUGA